ACUAUAAGUAGUUUCCUAUGUUUUUCCCAGUAUUUCAACUAUAAGCAAUUAACUAUGUGUUUCCCCAGUAUUUCAACUAUAAGUAGUUACCAAAGUUUUUCCCCAAUAUUUCACCUAUGUUUUUUCCCAGUAAUGUGUUUUUCAUCUAUAAAAUUAAACGACGAGAAGAAAGAUAACCAAAAACUAACAAAUGUCUCGCUUCACGCCCUUGCCACAUUUUUUACCAACCUUAGCAUGGCGGUCAUGUUCGCCUCCUCUACACUUGCUAUCAAGGUGAGUCAACAAUGUCUUUAUCCAACAAAGAUUUAGAAUAGUUUAUCUAUACACAUACUUAAUGAGAGGGCUGCGUGGGUGGGGGGGGGGUUACGUUUUCUUUAACCAUACAAUCUUUCAAUCAAUGUAUAAUUAAACAUUUGAUAAACAUUAGCUAUAACCCAAACAUUUGACCAACGUUUUCCUUUACCGAAAUAUUUGACCAACAUUCGCCAUAACGCACACAUUUGAUUAACAUUUACCAUAACCCUAACAUUUGACCAACAUUCGCAUAACACUAUAUUUGAACAACAUUUGCCAUAAUCCAAACAUUUGACCAACAUUCGCAUAACCCUAUAUUUGACCAAAAUUUGCCAUAGCCCUAACAUUUGACCAACAUUCGCAUAACACUAUAUUUGACCAACAUUUGCCAUAAUCCAAACAUUUGACCAACAUUUGCCAUAACCCUAACAUUUGACCAACAUUCGCAUAACACUAUAUUUGAACAACAUUUGCCAUAAUCCAAACAUUUCACCAACAUUCGCUAAAACGCAAACAUUUGACCAACAUUCGCCAUGACCCAAACAUUUGACCAACAUUCGCCAUACCCCAAACAUUUGACCAAGAUUCUCUAGAACGCAAACAUUUGACCAACAUUUGCCAUAACCCAAACAUUAGACCAACAUUUACAAUUAAAAAAAGUGCAAAAACAUUUUUUUUUUUUUUUUAAUGUUUGUGUUUUUAAAAAUUGAAAAAUUGAGCUGAUUUAAAAAAAUAUAAAAAUUCAACAAUUGCUGGUUGCGUCAUAAAAUGAUCAUAUCCAGCAUUAAAACAAUGCCCUGGAACUAACUCUGAUAAAGUUACCUUAUUCAAUCCCUGACUCCAUGACAUGAUGUUUGGCACCCUACGUCUACCACAGUUAAUGGAGCCUAUCACCAGCGCCAUGACACAGUAUUUCUUCAUGGGCACGCCCAUG